AUGGUGGGGCUAUCUCUGUUAUGGCUUCCUAAUGAAUAUAAGAGCGAGGACAACGCAGCAAUAUUGGCCAGGAUAUUCUAUGGAGCUGUGGUACUAUUAACAUUAGGCGAAUCUGGGCGAUCCGCUGCUUUGGAAAAAUUUCUUAACAAGCAAUGUUUAAGCAAACAUGAAGAAACAGGACGCACAGAUGACAAACGACCGGAAGGAUGGGAAGAAGCUAGCGAACAGAAAGAAAUAACAGCAGAAAAGCAUACAGAAGCUGGUGGUGAUCAACAGGUGACGAAAGAAAGAGCAGAAAGGGAUAAGAAGGACUUAUGGGGUGUUCCAUGGUUUUUAGGUGCUGUGGUACCUCUUUUCCUUUUAAAAACAACUUGGACUCAGAUCUUCAUGAUUUCAACAAUUGCAAUGGCAGUUUCUUAUUUAUUGUUCUGGUUUGGUUUUAACGAUUAUUUGAAAAACAAUAAAGAAGCACAAGCAGGGGAGCAUCCCCAAGUCACGGAAAGAGAGAACCUUUGGACACUGAACAAAAAGGUGAGGAAGAAAAAACGUUUGCGCAAAGAAAUUGUAGCUUCAUGGUUAGCCUUCUUUGUAUACAGUAUGGUAAAGGCAGCGGGAAGCACCUUCUUCUUCGAACAAAUGAGUAACUUGAAAAAUCCCAUCACCAAUUAUGACCCUGCAGUUUAUUUCAAUGUGCUUAGCUCCUUUUCGAGGUACAUAAUCUCAUUUCUCUUCCCCAAACUAAUUCCAAAGCGAACGCGGGUGAGAAUUGGCUGUGGAAUGGCUUCUACUGUGUUAUGUUGCGUUGCUGCUUGGGUGGUUGAGAUCCACAGGAUGAGGAAAGUUACGAAGGCAGGGCUUAAAGAUGACACUGUUGAUAUUUCUAUGAGCAUAUUUUGGUUGGUUCCACAGUUCUUCCUGUUAGGACUUAUGGAAGGGUUAGCCGUAGAUGGAUUGAUUGAUCUUUUGGCUGAUAGAGUGGACGAGAAGGAUAAAGAAAUGGCUAAGCAUUAUGGAUCCCACACCAGCGACUUUGUCGUGGGGAUUGGAAAGUUAUUAACCGCUUUUAUUAUCUUGGCAUCUAGGCAAAGAUGGUUCAAUGACAGCAUAAAUCUGAGUCGUCUGGACAAGUAUUACAAACUGCUAACGUUUCUAAGUCUCGUAAGCUUCGUCUACUACUUGUGUGUUGGCUUUUAUUUUUACAGCAAGGAUGACACACAAAACUCCGCCAUUGAAGAACAUGUACAAGGCCAUAAUGGAAGUGGAAAUAUGGAAAUGGCAACUGUUUAG